GACCGAAGCCGGACACAUUCGCAAGAGAAACGAGGAAGGACAGGAGAGAUCCAGUGAGAAUUUCUCAGUCGUACAGACGAGCAAUACAUUGCCAGGCAGACAGACGAGGAACGAGCGUGCGUGAACGAGGAGCGGCACCGGUAAGUGCAUAAUAAUCACGUAAAAUGGCCGGUGAAAAACGUAAUCAAGAGCAUGAAGAAGAAACCCAGCGCAAGGAGACAAUUGUGAUCGUUGACAUCGAGGGAACGACCACCAGCAUAAGCUUCGUGAAGGACACUCUGUUCCCGUACGUUCGUGAGAACCUCAAGGAUUAUGUGGAGAAAAAAUGGGACGAUGCCGAAUUUAAGGAGGACGUUGCGAAGCUCAAGGAGCAGGCGGAGAAAGACGCAACUGAUAAAGUUGAGGGCUUGGUGUCCAUCACUGGUGACAAACCAGAAGAGACCAAGGAAUCAUUGAUCAAGAAUGUCUUGUGGCAAAUGGAUAAUGAUCGUAAGAGUGGUGCUCUUAAGCAACUUCAAGGUCACAUGUGGCGAGAUGCUUACAAGUCUGGCGCAGUCAAGGGCCACGUUUAUGAGGAUGUGCCAAAAGCACUUGAAGACUGGACAAAAAAUGGCCGUAAAGUUUACGUUUAUUCAAGCGGAAGCGUUGAAGCCCAAAAGUUGUUGUUUGGCAACUCUGAGCACGGCGAUCUGCUCAAGUACUUUAGCGGUUAUUUUGAUACUGAAGUGGGUCCUAAGCAAGAGGCGUCAAGCUACAAGAGUAUUCUCGCUAAAAUAGAAUGCGAUGAUGCAUCAAAGGUACUGUUUCUCACUGAUGUUGCUAAAGAAGCUAAAGCUGCAGUUGAAGCUGGAAUUACAUCGGUAAUAGUCGCACGCGAGGGCAACGAAGCUCUCACUGCUGAAGAAAAAACAACCUACUCAACUGUAAAAACAUUCUUAGAUUUAGCUUUUCAGUCCUCUGCCAAGAGACAAAAAUUAGAUAAAACUGAGACUGAUGAGGAACCAAAAAAAACUGAAGAAACUGAUGUCAAAGCUAGUGAACCAGCUGAUGCAGUUGAGGAUGUUGAGAUGAAAGACGUCAGUGAGAAAGAAGUUGAGAAGAAGCCUGAAGCCAAGAGUGUUGUUGCUGAUGAAGAGAAGAGCAAACCUGUUGAAGAAACUCCCGCAAAACCUGCUGAGGCUCCUAAAGAAGCCAUGGAGACCGAAACAACGACAGUGGCAACAGUCGAGGCCGAAAAAUCAAAGCCAGAGACUGAAAAAGUUGCUGAAGAAAAAACCACGAAAAAAACUGAAGAACCAGCAGCAGUUGAACCGUCGACCAGCGAUGCUGACAAACCAGAAAAAGAUGAUAAAAAAUCAGAUGAAAAAUCUGACAUUCCAGUUGAAGACAAAGAUAAAAAAUCUGAACAAUCAAAAUCCGAACCAACCACUAACCUCACAGAGAACAAGACUGAACAGCCUGAAAAAGUCGCUGAUGCGCCCAAUGCUGAGACUAAAAUGGAGACUGAAGUUGAUAAAAAAACAGAGACUGCAGUAGUGGAAGAGAAAACUACUAAAGAGGCAACUAAAACUGAGGAAACUCCCAAAGCUGAUGAAAAGAAACCUGAAGAAGUUAAAGAACCAGCUGCCAGCAAGACUGAGACCAAGGAAGCCGAAGAUAAACCUGUUGUUGAAGAAGUUAAACAAAAUGGCGACUCAAAACCUGAAAAGGUUGAGUCGAUAACAACAAAUGGUACCGCGACAGAGGCCAAGACAAAUGGUGACUCUAAAGAAACGACUGUUGCACCGGAGACGAAGGAACCUGAGAAGGCUGUUGCUGAAAACGCGAAACCCGAGGCCACUGAACCCGAGCCGGUCAAGUCGGAGUCUGUCAAAGAGGAAGAAAAAACUAAAGACGAGGUGGUAGAGAAGAAAUUGAAUGGCAGCACACCAACCACUGAGAAAGACGACACGACGGAGACGACACACACGAAUGGAGUUAACGAAGAGACUAAACAGAAUGGUGCUGACGAGAGCCCGGUCGACAAGGACUCCAUCAAGGUCAAGAAAGUCGUCGAGACCAUUGCGGCGGACGGAGCUGGUGAGCCUGAUGUUGUUCCACCAGUAGCAGUAGUUGCCGCGACGUCCUAAUAAUCUCGCCUCCCGAGUUACUUUUAUGGUAAAAUAUAAUAAUUAAAAAGAAAAGAAAGAAAAAGAAAAAAAAAAAAAUAUGAAAAUGAAAAUACAAAAAAAAAAAAUCAUACAUAACUCCGUGUCCCUGACUCAAUAUUUAAUAUUACGAAAAAGAAAAAUAAAAAAAAGUUUAUAAGUUUAACGAUUUCCAAAUCCCAUCCCAACGAAAUUCGCACUUGAAAUAAAUACAUUACGUGCUCGAGUGCCAGGUGAAUAGAGAUUCAAUUUUAAACAAUUAAUUUUUUAAAUAAAGCUAACAGGAAAUAAAAAUAUCAAAUUUUUAUAUUAUCCUUUGUCAAAGACAUAGAUUUUUAAAAAUUAUUUUAACUCAUCAACGAUUCACUUAAAUUAAUUAUACAUUUAAAAAAACGCAUUUGUCUGUUGUCUUAUUUUUGUUUAAGCAAAAAUAUUGUCAGUAUUUAAUUUGAUCGGCUUUUUGCAAUGGGCGACAAAUUCUUUCCUGUUAAAACUCUGUGCCAAAUAAUUUUUAUAUAAAACUAUUUUUUUUUCUUUUCUUAAUUUGUUUUUCCAUUUGAUAA